CCUGAACACUCUAGGAGGCACAAAGUUGGUGCAGAGUCUCUGUCUUCUGUGUGUGUGUAUUUGUUUGCGGUACGUGUUUACAUUGAGCUGAGAGCACCACGAUUCUAAAAUCGUCAGGGUUUAUACGACGGUGCACUGAAGGACGGAUUACAGACUACAGCGCACUGGAUGAUUUAUUCGGAACCGCAGCCGCCUGUUUUGUUUUCGUUGCCCCAAAAAGAAGAGUGGAAUGCGGCGGUCGUGGUGACGGGAAAGAGGAGUCAGAGAGGUUGGUAUCGCUUGGCACUGACUGAAAGGUUUGGAAACAGCGGGGUACCCUGUUCCUUCGAGUACUGCGGUAUCUUCGUUCACCAGAACCGGCACGAAGACCAGAACCACUUCCUUCUCCCGCUGGUGUGAGAACGGCACACCGAAACUGGACUCAGAGAGCCUAGGACAAAAGUAACGAAGGCUUAAAAGGAUAAUAGCAUACUUUAUUCUGUUCCCUCAACUCGACAUAGUAUUGCUUAAGGGAGUGAUUUUGAUAAAGUCAACUCUUUUCUUGGACAUCGGAAGGAGGGACAUUCGUCACCUAGGCUAUAAGUUAGUAUUUAUUUGUUUGGAGUUCUUUGCGCGUUUCGCUCAUAUAACUUUUACGCAACUAUUGUUAACGGAGGUUUGUACUGAGAAUCUAUAAAUUAAAGACCUCAUAUGACAUUGAGAAGUCAUGUGUAGCCCACUCUGAUUUUUUUUCGUUCCUCGCGGUAGACAAGUGUCCGACAGGCGCGUAUUCACUGAUGUGGGCAGCAGGGCUUCAGGCUGAGAGACGGCCUAGCUGACAGGACAAGACUGUGAAGGACACUUUGAAGUUUCGGUUGAUAUUGUGCAUUUGUGGAGUCGUCAACCGUCCACGGUUUAUCACCGCUGUUCGGCAAGCCGAGUCCGUGACAGCUGAAAAUGGAGCGUGUCCUGCGGACGACUGUAUUCGCAUUGUGGCUCUCACUCACUGGAUUGACCGGACCGUGUACUGCAGAUGAAGAGGUCUUGAUGAAUUCCAAGUCGGCGACAUCGGAUCUUAGGUGGACAAUCCACCCAUCUGAUGACCCACAGUGGGAGGAGAUCAGCGGGCGUGACGAGGGCGAGGGCGAGGGCGUGCGCACCUUCCAGCUGUGCCCGCAGGACGGCGGCCGCUCCAGCCACUGGCUGCGCACGCGUCUGAUUCCGCGGCGCGGCGCCACGCAGGUGUACGUGGAGCUGCGCUUCACCAUGAUGGAGUGCUCCUCGCUGCCCGCCCAGGCCCACCGCGCCUGCAAGGAGACCUUCAACCUCUACUACUACCAGGCCGACGGAGACGAGGCCACCGCCACGCACCCCGCAUGGAUGGAGAACCCCUACACCAAGGUGGACACGGUGGCGGCGGACUACCUGCUGCGGCGGGGCGGCGAGCGGCGCUCCAACAGCAAGACGCUGCGUGUGACGGGGCUGUCGCGGAGCGGCUUCUACCUGGCCUUCCAGGCGCAGGGCGCGUGCAUGGCGCUGCUCUCCGUGCGCGUCUUCUUCAAGAAGUGCCCCGCGCUCACCCGCGCCUUCUCCGCCUUCCCCGAGACGCUGCCCCACAGCCUGGUGACGCAGGCCACGGGCACCUGCGUGCCCAACGCCUCCCCGCUGCCCGCCGCAGGAGGAGGAGGAGGAGGAGGAGGAGGAGGAGUGCCAGCGCCCACCAUGUUCUGCGGGGAGGACGGGCAGUGGGUGGGGAUGCCCACCACCAGCUGCACGUGCCAACCGGGGUAUGAGCCCCAGGAUGUGGACCUGCACUGCAGAGCAUGUCCUCUGGGUCAGUUCAAGGCGGGAUUUGGGGCGGGGCUUUGCCAGCUAUGCCCCGCCUACAGCUACACCAAUGGCCCCGGCAACCGCGUCUGUCCCUGUCGCCCCGGAUACUACCGAGCGGAGGGAGACCCCGCUGAUGCAGGCUGCACAAAGCCUCCGUCGGCGCCGCGCAGCAUCGUGACGCAGAUCAACGACACCACGGUGACGCUGGAGUGGAGCGAGCCCAAGGAGCGCGGCGGCCGCGCCGACCUCACCUACGCCGUCCAGUGCCUGCGCUGCGGCUCGGCCUCCGGGCCCGCGGGGGGCGCCGUCGUCUGCGUGCCCUGCGCCGAGGGCGUGAGCUACCGGCCGGCGCAGAGCGAGCUGGGGGGCCGGCGCGUGGUGGUGCGGGGGCUGCGGCCGCACACCACCUACACCUUCACCGUGCUGGCGCUCAACGGCGUCAGUGCCCACGCGCUCACCCCGCCCGCCAGCGAGAGCGUCAACAUCACCACCAGCAGAGACGUGCCCGUGCCCAUCUCAGACAUCAGGAAGAGCCGGGCGACGGAGAGCAGCUUGUCCCUCAGCUGGCCCGUCCCCCACCAACCGCACUACACCGUCCUGGAGUACCAGCUGCGCUACUGCAUGAAGGACCCUAACGAGCUGGGCCAGAGCUGGCAGUACGUGAGCAGCGAGAAGAACUCGGCGGUGAUCGGGGACCUGAGGCGCGGGACGCUCUACGAGGUGCAGGUGCGCGCCCGCACCAUGGCCGGCUACGGUCACUUCAGCCAGGCCAGGAGCUUCCGCACCAUGCCCGACGAAGAGGAGUCUCACUCGCGGAUGGUGGUGACCGGCGUGCUGGUUUCCAUGGGGCUUCUCUUCCUGAUCGCCGUGGUGACCAUCGCCGUCUACUGCUUCCGACGCCACUCCAGAGUGAACGAUCCAGAGAUCAUGGAUAAGAACGGCCAGUACCUCAUGGGCCAAGGAGUCAAGGUGUACAUCGACCCGUUCACGUACGAGGAUCCCAACGAGGCCGUGCGCGAGUUUGCCAAGGAGAUCGACGUGUCCUUCGUCAAGAUCGAGGAAGUGAUCGGAGCAGGUGAAUUUGGCGAGGUGUGCCGCGGCCGGCUCAAGAUCCCCGGCAAGAAGGAGAACUACGUGGCCAUCAAGACGCUGAAGGGCGGCUACACGGACAAGCAGAGGCGGGACUUCCUGUCGGAGGCGAGCAUCAUGGGCCAGUUCCAGCACCCCAACAUCAUCCACCUGGAGGGGGUCAUCACCGCCAGCUGCCCCGUCAUGAUCCUCACCGAGUACAUGGAGAACGGAGCCCUCGACUCCUUCCUCAGGCUGAAUGAUGGGCAGUUCACCCCUAUCCAGUUGGUGGGCAUGCUGCGUGGCAUUGCGUCGGGCAUGAAGUACCUGUCGGAGAUGAGCUACGUGCACCGGGACCUGGCGGCACGCAACAUCCUGGUCAACAGCAACCUGGUGUGCAAGGUGUCCGACUUCGGCCUGUCCCGCUUCCUGCAGGAGAACUCCUCUGACCCCACAUACACCAGCUCACUGGGAGGUAAGAUCCCGAUCCGUUGGACCGCUCCCGAGGCCAUCGCCUUUAGGAAGUUCACCUCGGCCUCCGACGUCUGGAGCUACGGCAUCGUCAUGUGGGAGGUCAUGUCCUUCGGAGAGAGACCCUACUGGGACAUGAGCAACCAGGACGUGAUCAACGCCAUCGAGCAGGACUACCGUCUGCCCCCUCCGCCCGAGUGCCCGUGGGCGCUGCACCAGCUGAUGCUGGACUGCUGGCAGAGGGAGCGCUGCUCGCGCCCGCGCUUCGCCGACCUGGUGUCCGCCCUCGACAAGCUCAUCCGCAACCCCGCCUCCCUCAAGGUCACCACGCGCCACGGCGACGGGCCCUCUCACCCUCUCCUAGACCAGCGGCCCCCUCCUCCGCUGUCCCAGUGUGCGUCUGUGGGGGAGUGGCUGCGGGCCAUAAAGAUGGGCCGCUACGAGGAGAACUUCAUCCAGGCCGGCUUCACCUCCUUUGAGCUGGUGUCACAGAUCUCGACCGAGGACCUGUUGCGUAUAGGUGUGACCCUUGCCGGCCAUCAGAAGAAGAUUCUGUCCAGCAUUCAAACGCUUCGAGUUCACGGGAAGGGCCCCAGCACUCUCCGUUACUAAGCAACAGAGUCAACGCCCCCCCCCCCCCCCGCCCCCCGCCCCCCAACCUUCCCGCUUAAUCUCCCCCCACACUGCAGCAGCAGCAGCUCCAGGACACUUUGCCUUUUGACUGAUCUAUUCACCAGCGGAGAAGACAUCACAAUGCCCCAUCAUCAAUCACUGCCAUGUCCCCCCCAGACGCCUCAUCAGCAGACCUGAUGACGCGAUGACUGAAUGCAGUUGGAACACAAGAGAAGGGGGCGUCACAACAGCAGCGCUGUGUCAUCUUAUCUGACAUAGAGGGAAUCUGAUGACAUCACAACAGCUUGCAGUCCACUAGUGAUGCCACUGUUCUUUUCAGGAUUAUGACCCCAUCGCACCAGCAGUCUGCACUCAAGCAAUCACUGUUCUUGAUGCCAUGAUCUCCAGUUAGGACUACAGCUUGGAGGUGACAUCACAAUCAAACACAUGCAAUACUGACCUCUCCACUGUGCCACACUAAGUGACUGGCCAAAGCUCUUGGUGGAAGGUGUCGUUUUUCUCUGUCCAGCAUUGAAACAAACGGAUUUGGGAAACAGUAAAAGUAAUGGACUGAUUGGUGACAGACUCGUAAAAGAGACAAGUGAGAGUGUGAGAGAGACUGACAUCUCUCUGAACUGCAUGUCUUUUUCACAUGACUAGAAGACCACAGCGAUUCAAAAUGGCCGCCAGCAAUUCCCCUCUGGAGGACCUUGUGUUCCUUUGUGGUUUUCCCCUGUCCGAGUUCCUCCUCCUCUUCCUCUGUGGUUUCCCAACAAGAUUCUCAAUGACAAGGACCUCAGGACAAUACACACACACCCACACACACACACUUGCACACACACAGAGACACACACACACACACACACACACACACACACACACACACACACACGCCCUUAUCUAGAAGAGCACUUUCACCACAUACUUGUAGGUUUGUGUGUAUGUAUAUGUGUUUUGCGGUGUGUGUGUGCGGGGAGAGGAAGCGUUGGCCAAAGAGAGGAAAGGAGGGAGAACGCAGAUCACGGUCGUCUUCCUCCCUGGGGACACUGAGGUCUUGUCCAGACGGAGACCCGCGAGGAGGCCUUUUCUUCAGGGUUUUAAAACAAUAACGGAAUAUUUCAGAGACGCUUUUUUUUAGCACCAUCUAAGGAGACAGGUUACCAAGGCGACACCACCAUGUGGCCUCAAAGGCGGGGCUUUGACAGUUGAACUGUUGCCUGGCGGAGCCUCCAACUUUUGUGAUAAUCCCAAAUAUGAACUGUCCAAUGAACAGCUCUGAACUUUUAACCUUGACAACGCCAUGGCAAUUCAGCCUAUUUGAAUUCUGGGAGUUGAAGAAGGAUCUUCACAUUGAAGGUCUAUUAUUAUAUUAAUAAUUAUUAUUCUAGUCAACCAAGGAUUUUUUAAAGAUAAUUUUCUGCCUUUUGUAUGUAAAAAACAUGAAUAUGAAUGAAUAUAUAUUAGUGAGCAAACAUUUGGGAGUUGAACAAGUCAGACCUUUCUGUCUGGACGGUAUGUUAUCUGUGUGUUAAAUCACAAUAAAGAUUUCUACUGUGGUCCCACUAA